AUGGAGUCUGGACUUGAAGGAGAAGGUCCCCGGGGUGGAGAGCUUGGUGUUUUGGGAUUCUUCUUUGGCGCUGAACUGCAGGCGGCAGUUGCUGUGAUUCUGAGGGUCUCAGGCAAGGAGAAGUGUGUGAAAGCAGAGCAUCUUGGCGGAGGAGAGUCUCCAGGUGUCAUAAGAGCAGAAGAAGAGCCAAAGGAGGGCUCCUGGGAUUGGCUGGGCACAGGAAUACCAAAGAAAAGACAAUGGAGAGAUCCGGUCUCCUGUUUUAUUAAAGAAAGGGGUAGACUCACAGCAAGUCUCCCAGCCUUUGCAGACGCAGGAUGGACACCACAGCAAGGAGACCUCGGUUUGUCCGCACCCUAG